AUUCGAAUGCCGACGUGGGUCGUCGUUAUGUUGGCGGUCAUCGCCGGCAUUCUGGCCGUUCUGUUGAUUCUCAUCCUAUUUUUCUGUAUACGAUCAAAAGACAAAAAGCAACCUCCAUCCCCUGCCGAACCAAAUAGAAGACUUCCGACUAGAGCGGAGAGCACAAUUGGAAUAAGGCCAAAGAUUCCAAAUCCCAUUUACACCAUAAACACCGCUAGUCCAGAGACACGAGGUACCAGUAUUGCAGAUACAUUGACAACGAGAAAAUUAUCUCAAAUGUUUGACUCCAAGAAAAGAUUUUCUACGGCUUUUUCCCACAGAUCUGCAUAUUUCGACUUUGAGAACUCUCCAUUGCCAAGACACAAGGAAUACCUUGACUUCAAUGAUAUCGAGAAUAUGGUGCCAAUGAAGAAACAAGUGACAACGCCGGACCGUCCUAGCAUUGAUUUUCUGAACGAAAUUCAUGAAUCACAUGCAAAAACCAAAGAGAGCAAAACGAACGACGACAAAAAGACACAAAAGCCUAACGACAAACGAGCAGCGGUCCAACAAGUAUUCGCCGAAGAAGAACAUCCAUCUUUCAAUCAGAAUACUAGACCUAUAUUUGCAAACUAAUUUUUAUUCAAUGAGAAAACUGUCAUCAUCAUGACUCUCAAUUUCUCCAAAACUCAUAACAUCGGGUUAUCGAUUUCUCUCCUCAUACGCAUUCUCCGUCCCGCUGAAAUUUGAUGACUAAGUAUUCAUUAUACAUAUGUUCCGCGUGACUCCUUUUUUUGCUGACUGUUUAGCUUUAGAUUAUCCUUUAACUUUAAAAUGCACUUAACCCGCUCUCCAAAAUUCUAAAUAAAACACCCAAAAAUACUUUAGUUCAUUCAUUCCGGGUUUUGAGCAUCAAAAUUCAAACAUUUGCAAGUUCUAUUUGCAAGAUUUUUGUAACUUUCGUUUUGUUUAAAUGCAACUUCAAUUGCAUCAAUUAUCUGUAUCAAUGACCUUUUAAUUUGAAUCGAAUUCCGCACGAAGUGCACUACCCAAUCUUACGUGUUUAUUCACCCGUUUCAUGUUUUGUCUCCCAUAUUUAUUUUGGUGUAUUUCUUUAAUUUUGGAUAUUCAGUUUAAAUUUGAACAUAAUAAAAAUGAAUGAUUUAUACAAUAUU